AUGGAUCUCCUUUCGACCAUUCCCGAUUUCCCCAUUAAGUCCUAUUCCCAUAUAUUACCUUCCCUUGAAAAGGCAAAUGUUUCAGUCAAGGAUUUGGUCUUGUUUGACCCCCUAGAAAUUGCCAAGCAAGCAAAGGUAGCCGUGACGGAUGUGCGUGCCCUCGCCGGAAAUGUGAUCACCGCUCUACAUCACGAUCUUGGGCUAGUUAGCAAUCAGGAGCCUGGAGACGGGGCAUCAGGAAGCAUAGAUAUUGGUGGCCGCAGAGGGGUGGAGACUUAUAGGGAUUCAAAUCCGAGACAGGGCCAUAAAUUUCCGGAGCUUUCAUUCAUCAGCACGUUGGACCCCGUUCUGGAUGCAGCUCUGGCAGGUGGUAUUUCAACGGGAUAUAUCACCGAGUUUGCAGGGGAGAGUGGGAGUGGUAAAACCCAGUUCCUUCUCCAUCUACUCCUCUCCGUCCAGUUACCGCCCCCGUAUGGGACGUCUCGGAAGGCACUUUAUUUUUCCACGGAAUCAGACCUUCCUACAGGCAGACUAUCACAGCUUCUUGACGAACAUCCUCUACUUUCUACUCUCCCGGAAGCAUCUGCCCGCCCAUCCUUGGAAAAUAUCCUGUCCAUAACCACGAUUGAUCUUGAAACUCAAGAUCACAUUUUAAAUUAUCAAAUUCCAGUUGCGGUGUCACGGUACAAUAUCGGCCUUGUGGUGAUCGAUUCCAUAACAGCAAACUAUCGUGCAGAGAGUGAUUCAGAUAACGUACCCGGCCUACUGGCUCGAGCAUGGCAGCUCAAAAAACUUGGCCGAUUUUUAAGGAACUUGGCCGCUAAAGAGAAUAUCGCCAUUGUUGUUGCGAACCAAGUAUCAGAUCAGAUUCAGAUGGAUGAUGUUAUAUGGGCAGACGAACCUGAACCACCCACAGGCUGCUACAUGGAGGACCUCCCCUCCCAAAGAUCAUCCCAGCAAACAUCUGCUCUUCCAGCAGAACGCAUGGCAGAUGUUUCCGAUAUUCUCCGGUCAUCCCCACCUAAUCAACUGGGUCUUUUAUCAUCUCCUGUUCCCUCACCCGUGGCUGAGGCGGGAGGGAAUGAUUUAUCUCUCAGUGUUCUUGAUCUUUCCGAACUCUUAAAGCUUGACUACCAGCGACCGUUUUUCACUGGCUGGGGCGACUCACAUGCAACCACUCUAGAUUCCAUGUCCUCUGAUUUCCUUCCCGAGUGGAAAACACCGGCUCUCGGCAUUGUUUGGACAAACCAGAUCGAUUGUCGAGUUGUCCUCAAGAUAAAGAACGUCCGAAUUUCCGUCCAAGACACAAAAUUUAGCUGUCAAAGAACUGAUUCAGGCAUUUUACCUUCUGUACCUUCCUCAUACACGAUUGUUGACAAACUUGUCUCUGACCACCAUGCAGGAGACCAACCGCAUACACCUUUGAAUCCUAAACUUAAUCAAAAUAACACCUCUUGGAUUCACACAGCCGAUGGGGGAACCGGGCCCGAAAUAGAGAAGGCUCUCAAAGAACAAAACCCGAAAGUUCAUCUAAAGACUGCCGUUAAAGUUGCUAGCGAUUCUGAUUCUCUCACCACCCCAACACACCGGAAACGGCGAACAAUUCAGGUCGUGUUCUCGCCGUGGACCUCUGGGGAUCCACAUCAAACCCUAGAUCACGAUAAAACAGGAGCAACCGCAGAAAUUAACAUGGUUGAAUUUGAUCCGACCGUUGACGAAGUCGGGUUCGAAAUAUACCCAAGCGGAAUACGAGGCAUUAUCCCAGGCGAUGAUGAUUGA